AUGGCUGUUGGUUGUUAUCCCUCAUACUUGCUUGGUUGCCUUUUUUUCCGUAUUUGUGUACAUGUACGCGAUGAACAGAUAGUUGCAGAAGCGAAAUACGAGGUGGACAAGGAAAAUGAGAAGGAUAUCAACAACAAGAUAGUUAAGUACAUCAACUUACAGGCUGUAACCUGCCCCACGGAUGACUACUGCUUCAAAAAGCCAUCACACACAUUACAUCCAUCAACGCUUCCAUCGUCUAUCCAUUCCUCUGCUCAAAUGUACAAGAACAUGACAGAAGAAGAUUGGAUGAAACCUGCCGAAGUGCGACACGCCCUUUUUCCGUUACUUCUCACAACGUCAAAUUUAUGCUUGACCCAUUAUACCAAUAGAAAUAGCUGGGGAAAGCAUGGAAAUUCAUAG